AUGGACGCUACUAAAUAUAGAUUGGAAGUCCACAGACAAUUGGAAGUACCAGGCCAUUAUUCCCCAAUUGAGCAAGAUCCAACGACACAGUUAAAGAAGGUGAUCGAUCUGAUGAUAAUGGAAGCAUUUGAUAUGGGAGUGAUUGAUAAAUCAACUAAGGAGUUUUUAACUACAGAUUUCCCUAGGAUUCCUACCUUGUAUGUACUUCCUAAAAUUCAUAAGACACUAGAAAACCCUCCAGGUAGGCCCAUAGUGUCUGGUAUUGGCUCAUUAUUAGAACCCCUUUCCAAAUUUAUUGACCACCAUUUACAGGAGUUAGUGCGUAAUCUACCCACUUGCCUUAAGGACACCAACGAUCUUUUGAUCAAAUUGGAGGGGGUUCCUAAAUUGAGCCCAGGGGUUCUUCUAUGCAGUAUCGAUAUACAAAGUUUAUUUACGGCAAUACCUCAAGAUGAGGGAAUUAAAUGCAUAGAAGAAGCCCUUUUGGAAACCAAUAUGAGCAAUGCUAAAUUAUAUUUUAUACUUGACUGUCUUGAAGUUGUGCUUAAAAAGAACUAUUUCAAAUUUGAAGACUUCUUCUAUUGGCAAAGGCAAGGGACGUCGAUGGGCUCUGCGGUGGCACCGUCCCUAGCAAACUUGUUUGUAUUUGAUUUAGAAAAGAAAUUGUUCCUGAAAGAACCAUACCUACAGUAUAUCGUCCACUAUUACAGGUAUGUGGAUGAUAUACUGAUUAUAUGGGAUGGACCACGUGAAACAUUUAUGGAUAUGGUGGAACAGGCCAAUACAGCACACAAGACAGUUAAAUUUACUAUGGAGGUUUCCGAUACUGCAAUUAAUUUCCUGGAUGUACAGAUUAAGUUGGAAAAUAAUAGCCUGAGUACCAAUUUAUACCGCAAAGAAAUGGAUAGGAAUAAUCUCCUACACAGGAAAAGUUUCCAUAACCCCCAGACCCUUAAUGCUAUUCCCAAGGGACAAUAUAUGAGGGCCAAGAAAAUAGCAUCAAGUAACACUGGUUAUAAAAUGGCAUGCAAAGAGCUAACAGAGAGAUUUGUACAGAGGGGAUACCCGAAAGGGCAACUACGAGCAGUAGAGAAUGAGGUACAGAAGAUAGAACGGGGAGACUUAUUAAAACCAAGAAAAAGGGAAGUGGACAGCGAAAGAAUAACUUUCGUGAGUAAAUAUGAUAAGAGAAGUAAAAUGGUGGAAAAAAUUGUAAAACAGUACUGGCCCAUAUUACAGACUGACACCAUCUCUGGUCUGGCUUUCAAGAAACCUCCACGCUUUGCUUAUAAGAAAGGGAAAUCCAUUAGUGACACACUAUGUUCCAUUGAAAAAAUGGACAGUAAGUAUAAUCCAAUGGUUAGUAAGAAGGUGGGCACCUUUCCGUGUCUAGGGUGUAAUUGUUGUAGUUCCAUCAUAAAAGGCCCCAAUAUUCAUCACCCAAUAUCUGGGCAAGAAAUUAAGCUUAAUACAUUUGCUACGUGCAAAACCGCGUAUGUUAUCUAUGUUUUGAAAUGCCCAUGUGGGCUGGUGUACGUUGGUAAAACCAUAAGACCCGUGCACAUGAGGAUUAAGGAACAUAAGGGUAAUAUAAGGAAUUUUAAGGCUGGCACCUAUUCUGAUACUCCUGUAUCAAGACACUUUUUUGAGCAUAAACACAAUGCAUGUCAGUUGAAAUGGAAGGUGUUGGAGGUGGUACCCAAUCCAGUUAGAGGAGGAGAUCAUAAUAAUUUAUUAUUACAAAGGGAGGCAAGAUGGAUCAGUCGGCUAGAAUGUAUCUCCCCGAAAGGAUUAAAUGAGCAAUAUAAUUUGAUAUGCUUUCUUUAAUGGUAUAAUGUAUCUUGUUGUUCUCAGGUAUUAUAAUUAGUGAGCUAACGGCAUUGCCGAGGAUCGUCGGCCGAAUCGUAGAUGGGUUAGGCCGAAUGGAGCAAUUUCCUGUAUUUUAAGCUGCUUGUAAAUGUUUUAUUGUAACACGUUCUUAUUGUAUUAUUCUGACUUUUA